AUGCUGCUCCUUUUACUAUUAGUUUUACACGCCUGCGCUGAUGAAGAUAUCUUCACCAUUCCGAUGAUCUCAGAUGUUGUCGAUGCUAAGAAUCAAACUUUUUUUGAAAUGGAGGAGGAUCAUGAGCGAUUGUGCGGUGUUGAAGGACGACUAUUAAAAGAGCAGGGUGAUCGUCUCGUCCAAUGCUCAUCAGAUGAAGAAUGUUUGCCUCCAUCACAAUGCCAUACAACGGGAUAUUGUUGUAUGAUUGCACUCAAUCAAGAACCACCACCAGUCGGUUGCCCAUUAGGACAAGGCUGCCCAUCUGGAUCGCGGGUGUUGUUAACACCUGAUGAAAAACCACAACUUUGUACACCUGGUAAGGCCGAUGCCGUAUGCCCAGUUGGAGCUGUGUGCCAAUGGAGCCAUUUGAUAGAUAGAUACCAAUGUUGUGAACCUGAUAACGGAUGUCCGCGGCACCAAAGCCCACAAAAAACGAGCAUUGGCGUAUCAAUCAGAUGUCGCCCUGGAGGUGCACCAUGUCCGGAUGGUGGAUCAUGUCAAUUCAACUUUUGGACGGCCUCCUAUCAUUGCUGCCGUCUUGACACAGCAGAUCUUUGCCCUAUCGGACAAGUUCCUUACCUAGUCCAAUCGAGUGGCGAACCCAAAUCAUGCAAGCAAAACACGGACUGCCCGUCCAAUUAUCACUGCGGCGAGAACAAAGUCUGCUGUGGUACACCGGGCACAUGUCCUCUUAACUACCAAGCUGCGCGGGAUAGAUACGGUCGCCUAACUGCUUGCACGUCCAGGAACGGUAACACUUGUCCGACGGAAUCUACAUGCAUGGAUACUACUAUUUAUUCACAACGGUUAUGCUGUGAACAGAUUGAAUACAAAUGCCCAGGCUUCUCCACACCUUUCCCAAGUUCUCGUUUCCCACAGAAGUGUAAUAUAAUGGAUACGUGGUCAUGUGGAGAUAAUCAGUGCAUGCCGAGCAACAUUCCAAAUGUGCACAUUUGUUGCCAGCCCACUAUUCGUCAACAAAGAGUAAGCAAUCCUUGUCCCUCAGGAUGGGCUCUCAACGACAACACCCUUACUUACUGCACUCCAUCGUACCAAAUUUCCACUUGCCCUGGAUCCUCGUCUUGUCUUCGGUCAGCAAGCACUCAACAACAAUUCAUCUGCUGCGUUCCUACCCGCCGCGCACCCAUUCCAUCAAACCCUUCCAACGAUCAAUGCCUAAAUCCUGCAGCAAAAGUGGAACUUGUAGGAGGUCUUGCAAGGAAAUGUGUCCGCAACACUAGAUCUUGCUCUGCUGGCUUUUCUUGCCAGCCGUCAAGAAAGAACGAGUGGCUGUGCUGUUCGGUGCGUAGCGCAGUGGCUCAGGCUCAAUUCAGCUGUCCGCUGCCGGGCCAGCAACCAGUCCGAGCUGCGGACGGUUCGAACCAGUUUUGCUCCAGACCUGGUCAACGGGAUGAUUGUCCUCAGAUGUCAUUGUGCCUUUCUUCCGGAAACUCGCCAAAUCUUUACAUCUGCUGCUAUUCGGCUGCCUUCCAGGUGACACCUAUCUGUCCAAAUAACGGCAUACCCCAACCAGCUCCUUAUGGUGAGAAGUAUAAGUCAUGCUCUGUGCUUAGCGACUGCGACUCAGGCUUCUCAUGUGUCCGUUCAGCCAACGAUUACUCCACUAGCUUAUGUUGCACAACUGGGGUCCUGCAGGAGCAGAGACCCGUCUGUCCUAGACAGGGUCAUUUGCUAACGGAGCGUGGCAAGCCUGUAUACUGUGUGAGGUCGCAACCACAACUGUGUCCACAAGAUUACAGCUGUCAGCAGGCUCUGGGUAUUCCAGGAACAUAUGUUUGCUGCAGCUCUUCUUUGGACUCCUGUCCGGCCUCACACAAAGCCGUUAUCGAUGCAGAAGGAAAUCAGAUAUCGUGCUCACCCACAAAUCUUACCGACUGCCCUGGGGGCACCCAAUGUAUGCAAUCAACUCGAGAUAGUCGGAUGCAUUUGUGCUGCAGUAGUGAAGAGACACCACGCGUAUGUCCUCGCAGUCAAAAAGCUCUCCUCACUUCUACCGGCUCAGUAGAAUUAUGCAAUUCUCCUGGGUUGCCUUGCUAUCAGGAUGACUACACGUGCCAAUGGUCUGCAUCUCUUUCACAGUAUGUCUGUUGCGGGAGAGAUGUCGCAGCAGCGUAUUGUGCUGAUGGACGUAGCACCUACGAGCAAAUUGAAGGUCAAACAUAUUCGUGUAACCCACUAGGGUAUCCUUCGUCAUGUCCCAGUGGCUACACUUGUGAGCUUUCCACAGCACCAGGCAUCAACGUUUGCUGUAAAACCCCAGUUACUACCACUGCACCCGCUUUGCCUCCUAUAACGACCUUACCCGUUAUAACUCCACGACCACCGCUUUCCAUGAAUGGACUGCAAUGCCCGGAUGGUUGGAAUCCUUACCGUAAUGAUCUCGGCUUUCAUACAAGAACAUGCAGUGGAGUAUUCGACAUGAGUUGCCCGGUCGGCUAUUCCUGUGCUCCAUCGAAAAGUGGUGGAAAUUUUGUAUGCUGUCGAUUGGCCAGCUCUUUGCGAUGUUUGAAUGGGGAAACGUUUUUAUCCAACACUUUUCCUAGAUUAUGUAACCGCUAUAGGACCAAUGAAUGUCCUCGCGGGUAUACAUGUCAAGAGAGCUCCCAUCCUACAAUAUCGGUGUGCUGCAGUUCUGAUCUACCGUUAAACCGUGAGAUGUGCAUGAACGGGCGUGAACCCGCUCUAAUGAAUGGGUUUGUCAGAAGCUGUCCUAGGGAGGGCUCAACAGGCGGUUGCCCUCCCGGUCACACCUGCCAAAAAGCCGUCAGUGGGCUACUAGUGUGUUGUAGCAGCUCUUAUUCAAGAAGUGAAGUGAAAUCUAUUGCGCCAACGGUUUGUCCAGAAAGCAGGCAACCAGUCAUUAGCCCAGUUACUAACGAAGUAGUCUAUUGUGAUCAGACGGCAUACAUUUGCCCCGAUGGAAAGGCUUGUUUGCCCAAAGUUAAAAGCGAUCGCUAUGUAUGCUGUUCGGAGGUUCCUAAAUGUCCCGAUGGUGAAGCUGAAGCUUAUUCCGGAGGAGAGCUUAAGAAGUGUUCAAGCUUCGCGGAUUGCACUCCAGGCAAUGUGUGCAAGCCUUCUACCGUAGACGGUGUACACUUGUGUUGCUCGUCAGGAGCCAUUCCAGUUGGAGAGGUACUGACUUCCCCUGCCAAAACUGCAAUCGCAAAUGUUAAUGGUCUCAAUGUAGAAAUCAUUAUUUACAUUCUCUUGUAA